CCUAUGCUUAACCUGAAAGUUGAAAUCUUAAACCGGAGGAGGAAGCAGUCACCGUUGAAUGCUUUUCUCCGUCUCUCUCAAGCUCGAUAUUUCGCCGUCCGGUCUAUUCUCCGGCUGUAAUUGAAGAAGCUCAACAAUUCUUGUGAAAAUGCCGUCACUGCAAACUUCUCUGCCUCCUGAACUCGCUAACAAUGUGGUUAGGUUGUACCGAGAAUGUCUUCGUAGAGCUAAAUUUAUUGGUAAGCAGCAACACAACACUGAGCUAGUGGUUGGUAUGGUGAGGCAACAGUUUAAGAAACAUAUGAAUGAGACAGAUCCUGAGAAGAUUCAGAAGCUUAAAGAUGAUGCUGCUCGGGGACUCAUUAAUCACAUGUUGUUUGAGUCGGCAAAGCUGACAGGAGGCAAGGUUAGCCAGAGAUCCUGAUGCAGUCUGGUUGCAGACUCCCAUUGUUAUACUCUUUCUCUCUCUCUCUCUCUCUGGUUCAAGGCUUGUAAGCUAAUAAUGCAACUAAUGUUGGCUUUAAUAAAAGACUUCGCCGAGUAGCAUCUGUGACUCAACAUUUUAUGAUUUUGGUAUUCAAUCAAUCAUUCAAAUGGUUAUCCACUUCAA